UCAGCUCUUGUACUAAACAUUUGUUUCUCAUAUUGUGCUUUUUCAGAUCUGCUUCGACUGCCUCUUUUGCCUCAUCGUCCAACUAUGGGGAUCAGACGGAUGCGAUGGAAAGAAGCUAUUUGGAAGAGCUCAGUGUAAGCGAGCUGAAGGAGCAACUGUCGGAGUGGCAGACGCGGCUGUCCGGCGCGGGGGCCCGCCUGGCGCGCGGGCUGCGGGCGCGCGACCGCCGCCGCCGCCGCCAGCGCAGGCUCUGCGCCGCGCUCACCUUACUGCUGCAACACAUCACCGGCGAGACCGGCGCCCGCUUCGGGCUGGCGCCCAGCGGCGACGGCGAGGGCGGCUACUCGGAGUGGGUGCACGCCAUGCGCCUGGUGGCCCGCCUGCCCGCCGGCGUGCCGCAGCACUUCCGCAAGAAGGUAACCUCUUGUUUGAUCAUGUGGUCCUGGUACUUUUCUGAGUGGACCCACGAGUGA